CAAAAAUCAAAAUGUCUGAUAUUAUAAUUGACUUUAAAUCCACCGGAACAAUAUGCUUCAAAAUUAGAAACCAUAAUACAUUAAAGUGAAACACCAAAACAUUGGUACCUAACAUAUAACCAACAAAAUAACCCAAACAUCAAAAUUAUCAUUAAAUUAUGGCAAAAUACACUUGUAUAGCCAAAAUUUUCGCGUUUGUGCCAAUAAUAGCCAGAGUUGAAGAAAUACCACUUAUAGCCACUUCCGUCCAAUACUUUAACGGUGUUAUCUAACAUGAUGACUAGACUAACAGCAACAGUUGACAUGGCAUAUUUUAUUGAGAUAUGAUGGCAGGUGGAAAAUCAUUAUUUUUUUCUUUAAUUUUAAUUAAAUUAAAUGAAAAUUAUAAAAAAGCAAUAAAUUCAUAAAAAAAUAUAAAAAAAACAAUAAUCCUCGUCGUCUUCCACAGCCUCUUCACUUUCCCAUCUUGGAAAUCACUGCCGCUCUCGUUUUCUCUGAUUCUUCAUCUCCAUCAACGAACAACAAGAAAAAGAUUCUUUUCUUCUUCCCAAAAUGAUGACAACCCACAAACAAAAUCAUUUCUCCUCCUCUCAUCUUUAUCGUCUUCUUUCUCUUUCAAAAAUGCCCAGAUCCUUUCUAUAAAAAAAUGCCUAAAUCCGCCAAUCAAUCUUCUUGCUUUAAUCUCCUUCUUGUCGCCGACCCUUGCUCCGAUGCGUUCGUUAAGUACAAGCUUCUUGUGAACAAAUCUGCCUUCUCAAGACGGAGAUGCUUCGACGACGACGUCAGCGGCGGGUUUAGACCCUCGGGGUGUUGCCAGAUCGAGCAGCGAUGGAGGAGUGGGCAUUGGAACGAGCAGAUAUUCCCCAAGAGCGCCUAAUCUGUUUGCCUCUAAAACUACUAAUCGGAAAUUGAAUCCCUUCAGGCAGAGAUUGGAUUUGUUUUCUUCAACCCCUAAAUCGCACUCUAUCCCACUCUCUGCCUCUCACCAUCAGACGUCCUUCUCGCUUAAAUCAAACCUCUUCCCCCUAAAAAUCAUGCUAUCCACUUCUGUCCUUCUCGUUUAUUUCCCAAUCUCAACCCCUCUCCCACAUAAAUACCCACAUCGGAGCUAACCACACAACCACUGGUUUUUGCCCUUGGUAACAAUUAUAGGAUUUCGAUUUCCUCCCCUUCCCCCCCCCCCCUCUCUCUUCAAAAUCACUCGACUCCUUCUUGCAUUCAUGGAGCUCGGUGCCAAGAAGCCUAUCCGGGAACAUUCGGGUGUGGGUGCUUCUCAUCGGGUCACCGGUGGGAUUAGCGUUUUCUUUAAUCCCAGCCUCCUGAUUCGGGUUGCUGAAGCAGAGGAGCGACGACCAGCAGUGAGGCCUGCAAGGGUGGUGCACGAAGCCAAGUACGAAGCUCACCACUGGGGUCGCCGAUUGACCAUCAGAAUCAAAUCGUUCUGUCCCGAAAAAUCCGGCUACUUGCAGGUGGAGCAAGAGCUAUUGUGUGGGAAAACUAGAAUCGAUGCCAAAGGGGCAUCUGAUGCUCUACGCAGGUGAAAAGGAUAGUUGCGAUUGUCACAGAUUAUUGGUGCACGGAGAAAAGAGUGGUGUUUGUGGCCCAUUACGAAAGAGGAAGAAUGAGCGCAAGAUGCACAAGGGAGGAAGGAGAUGCAGGGGGUGGGCGGUGGCUGGGAAAAGGUUGGGGCUUAGGCUCCGAUGAAGAAAAAGGAAUAAGGAUAAUGGAUUUUUAUUUUUGGAUUUUUAUUUUGUUUUUAAAUAAUAAAUAAUUACGUGGCAGUUGACCUUUUGUAAUGUUGCUGACGUGUGCGAUGAUUUGGCGUACUAGUUAGCAUAUUGUUAACCUCACUGACGGAAUAUCUAACACUGUUAAAGUUUGUAACGAAAAUGGCUAUAUUUGUUAUACAACAACUAGAAAAUCUGGCUAUAAGUGAUAUUUCUUCAAAUUUGACUAUUAUUGACACAAACGCAAAAGUUUUGACUAUACAAGUGUAUUUUACCUUAAAUUAUCAAUAAAAUAACAUAUCAAUCACAAUUCUCAACAUACUUUUCCUCUCACACUUUUCUUCCAUUUUCCUCCAUAAAACAACAUUUGCCCUUCUACUUUCUCUCCCCUCAAAUUUUCCCUCCUCUCCCUCAAAUUCCUUCCUUCCUUGAAAACAAGGGGUAAGACCCCUGUGUUUUUAACAUCAUGAUAUCACUUGUCCACAGAUGUGGAGGUGGAUUUAUUCACCGUGUAGGCAAAUCAUUCAUUUAACUUGAUUAUGAAGGUUUGAAUGGAUGUAUCGAGCAUUGCCCUAAAGUCAAUGUCACCUUGCUUGCUCUGGGCUCUCGCACUGAGUUGGACCAAAGGCCUUGCUGGUCAUUAAACAAUCCCAGCCCAUUACCCAAAUCUAUUUGGCGAUAAACAUCCAAUGAGCCCAGUCGACCUUACUAGUAUGUAAUUAAUUAAUUAGUUAAUAGCGCAAGUAUCAUCCACUAUUCCUCGCAACAUUUUCUCCAUAGGUACUGUUCAUUAUUGCUAUUCUUAGCUGCAGCCGAGCCCAACAAAACCUCUAGAGAAAACCAAAAUCUUUGCAACAUUUUUUACCAUCCAUUAUUAUCAUAAACCGACCGAAAAAUGCUUCCGGAGAAAACCAAAACCCAUUACCACUAUUAUUAUUUUUUUGUACUUACAAUAUGAUUUAAAAUUCUUAAUUUAUAGAAAGAUAGAUAUUUCUUAUAUGAAUUUUUAGCUCCAUUACGAUUUUAAAACCCUUCAUUUAUAGAAAGAUAAAUAUAUAUUGUAUUUUUAAUCCUUCUACUUAAGGGGCAAAGAGAAUGUAUCAAUUAAAUAAACUAAUUACGUAAAUCUGUCGUAAUAUAAGUUUGAACAAAUCAAAUUUCUUUAUUAUUAACUUAAUUGUUGAAGAUAUCAUUAAUUUGUUUUACACAAGGUUCUGCAAUGAAAUUUAUUUUUUUAUAUAAUAGUUAAUAAAAUUUGGUGAUUUGUAGCUUAAUUAAUUUGUUAUUAACUAAAAUUCUUUAUUAUGAACUAAAAUUCUUUAUUAUGAGCUAAAAUAUUCAUCAUAUUAUCAAUUUACAUUACACAAAACUUUGGUUAGGUCGGUUAACUUUAACAGAAUAAUUUAAUAAGAUCUGUUCUUUUUGUAAUUUAUUAUAGAAGAUUUACACAACUUCAUUCCAUAAUAUUAAUGUAAAUUAAAAAUACAUUAUGUAAAUUUAUAAAGCAAUGAUUAUUUCUUAUGUAUCAAUUUAAAAACUAAGUCUUCCAUAUUGAUUAAUACACUAUGUAAUUCUUAUGGAGGGAAAAUUAUUUUUAAUGUAUUAGUUAAGCAAAGGUAUUAAUAAGUUUUCCAUAAUAUAAAUUUAAACAAAAAUAUACAUAUUACAAUUAAAUUUUUGAUCAACUUAUCAAUUUACAUUACACAAAUGUUAGGCAAGGCCAUUAUGUGAUUAUUUUUUUCCAAUAUAAAUAAAUUGCUUUAUU